AUUUUUUUUUCGCAUCGCAUCAAUGGAACCGCCUAGUCUACAACCUGCUUUCGUUAGAUAUGGAUUGUGUGAAGUUAAAAGUGCAAGCAAACGUAAAUUCAACCGGACCAAACAGUGAAUUAUGAAGUGUUAGUGAAAGUGGGGUUAUGUUGACAGUUGAACUCGUAAAUCGUGUAAAUUACGGUUGCAACAUUGCAUUUGGCGGUGUUUAUUACAAUUAAAAUGCAAUAAGCCCAGCAUUGUUACAGGCCGCAUUCGACCGCCCGACGCCGCUUCGAGUGAACGUCGGAAAGAAAACGACUCACGUAACUAUCGUUAGAGUGAAUAGCGUGCGCGUAGUCGAUCGUAACGUGCAAUGCCCAGGGCCCCGCGCGCCCCUCCCCACCCAGGGCUAUGGAGACCCUCCUCGACAAGUUCAAGAGGGAGCAAGGAGGGCUGCGCCGCUCGCGCUCGGUGCGCGCCUCCCUACGCAUGAUCGGGAACCGGUGGCGGUCCACCAAGGACGAGGACAUCCCUGACGACAUCGACAAGAUCAAACGCAACAGCGUCGUGUUCACCACGCAGAUCUUCAGCACCGAGAAGGAGCUAGACGUCGCGUACACCGGCAUCGACGGCACCUACAAGCCGAAGACGCCCGCCAUGGCGAAGAAGAAACCCGAACCAGUGAAACAGCGAAAAAAAAGUGGUGACAUAGACCUAAAUUUAAAGCCGCAGAGGCAUAGGAAAGUGGAAAAAUCGAAAUUUAGUGAUUUGUUUUCGAAUAAAAAGCAAAAAAGUGUUUCGGCUAAGGAACUUUUGGUGCCUGAGAAGAUACCUCCGAAGGCGGCGGCAAUAUUGCAUAUACAUUCGCCGGAGAAGGAGAAGGGGAAAGAGAAGAAGAAGUUGAAGGGCAUGGGAAAGUCUGAGUCGGCGAAGUCGAUGACGGAGCUGGUGUCGGCGCGGCGGCAGCGACGCGGCUCGGAGAGCGAGCUGACGGCGCACCAGCCGCGCGGUUGUGUCAACCCCGCCUUCGUCUACAGCACCCCGCCAAAGGAUCGCAAAAUACCACUUUCUCCAUCCGCCUAUCUGAAGCUGCAGUACGGCGCGUUGCUCGAGGGCUGCGGUGGGGAGCUGCCGUCACUGAGCGCAUGCGCGCCCCUCCCCCCGCACCUCGACAAGGCAACGCGCAAGCAACAGCGCGAUGCACGCGCACAGCAAGACAAAAUCGCACAAGUUAACAUACACUUGCAUGCGCUGUUUGCGGCUGUGGAACAUGGCUACCUGGACAAAGCGCGCAACAUUCUGGAGUCCACAGACGUUGAUGUCAACAGCCUCAACUCGGACGGGUUAUCCCCACUGGACGUGGCGGUCCUGGCCAACAACCGACCACUCGCCAAGAUGCUCAUGGAAUUCGGAGCCAAAGAAGGCACACAGUUCAAGAACUCGGACGCGCUGGGUGCUCACUUGAGGCGGCUGGCGAGGGAGGCAGACGCCAAGCUGCAUGAGGUGGCUGGCUGUAUGACGGAGAGGACUUGUCGAGAAGACGCUUGUACAAGAUCAUCAGCGACGGGGCAAGCGGGAACAACUGGCUGCGCGGGCGGCGCUGGCUCCGAGAAAGACAAGCAGGCCCAACACUGGGAAAGGCGGGUGCGCACGCUCAAACGGCUUCUCCUCGGCUGGCAACAGGCGCGCCUCCCCGCCGCGCCGCCACCACCCGACCUGGAAGUGUGCAGCGCACACGCAGUCAACGUCAAGCUGAAGGACCCGCGCGUCACGCUGCCGCAGAAUCCGCCCAUCGUCACGAAAUAUCGAGUGGAAUGGUCAUCCCGAGCGGACUUCUCGAAUGUGUGUGGAUCUCGCGAGGUGGCAGCGUCAGGAUCUAGCUCGGGAACCAAAGUGUUGGCCGCAGGUCUGACGCGGGGCCGCCGCUACUUCUUCAGGGCAGCCGCUGGAAACAUCAAGGGUUGGGGGCCUUUCACAGUCUCCGUGCCCAGGAGUGUAGUGCCUAGCAGUUGGCGUGACGUAUCAUCCCGCAACUCGCGCGGCGAAGCGGGCGGCGCGGUGGCGGCACUUGAAGCACUAUCAUCCGCUGCCGCUGCCGCGCGACAGCGCCCCCCUGCGCAGCCGCCGCGACUGCCACGCAAGAAGACUGCCACCAUACGACAGCUCUUCACCGCUGCUAGCAAGUUCCAGAAGAAUCUACGGAGGGGUGUGUACCUGGCAUGCAUCCUGUACCACGAGGACAAGGUGCUGGUGACGAGCGAGGAGUUCCUCCCUGUCAUCGAGGUCGACGAGACCUAUCCCACCUGUAUCUACAACGACUUCCAUUGGCUCAUGAAGGUAUCCUGCUCCUGGGACGACGUUAAGGGCCUUCGCUCUGACAUGGAGAAGCACACCUCCUCUUCCAUACACUUCAGACUGAAGCUCCUCACUGCAGCCGCUCAGAUGCAAUCCGCACUCUGUAUUCAGGAUCUAGGCCAACUUUACCACAAGCCGCUUCGAGACUCACACGGCACAGUAGUCCUUUCUUGCGUGAACAGCGUCAAGUCAGCCAAAUCAGUGUCUGCGUUGAAUUCCCGCUGGGCGCCGGUGUCGAGGCUUCGAAGACGGGUGCUGAGUGAGGAUAACACCAUGGGAGAGCUGCUGAUGGCAUCCGUACAUGAGCAGAUUGCUUACCAUCAGGUGUCCCGCGUCCAACUCCCACGAGGCCUGUAUCUGGGUUACUUGAAGCUGCAGUCGUCUGUGGAAGUAGUCAGGAUCGUAGCUCCGGCCCGUACGCCCAACGUACCGCCGCAUACUAGAGUACGGGAGAACCCGCAUGUUUCUGCAGAGGAAUGGGACUACCUGAAGACUCAGUCCGGCAAACCUCCCACGGAAGACCCGCAAGCCCUCAACAGCCUCACAGUCACCAACAUGGAGCCCUCAGAAUCUCAAGAAAUGUUCCUAGACCAGAUCGCGUGCGCAGCGCGACGUCUCUUCAAAGAAAUGGAGAUACCGCUCGAAAGUGUCAUCACCCACCGAAUAUAUGACCUGGAAGUCAUUGAACUCAACAACGAUGUCAGUUUCAUCAUGAUCUGCCCGCCCGCCGAGCAAGCCUGCUCCGUCCCCGGGCAGAAAGAAAUACUGCUCCAGAAAGGUGACCUGCUCAGUCUACCAAUCCAAGCCUUCGAAAUGAUCCACCUCCAAACUUACCAUACCAACAUCCUGAACAAAUACUCCAAACUCAGCUGUGUUCUAGAACUGGACGUGGCUUUAGCCGCACAUUCCCAUAGAGAAGCAUUUUCCUGCACUGAGAUGCAAACAGCCAAAGAACGAUUGACCAAACUCGAAGAUCUCCAAAAUAGUCUUAACACCGUUUGGAAAGCAGAACGUUGGCUCAUGGAUCUUAUAGGCUUUGCAAGAGAUAAAGACAAGGCUGUGCCUAGUUCUGGAAUAUUGCUCAAGUAUGUCUUCGAUAAGACACCUAGAACUUGUGCAGACAGUGUUGAGAGUGAAAAUGAUAAAGAUACCAAUUUAAAGGUAGAUUUCCUGCAAAUUCCUUCUAGAGAUGGCAAAAUAACAAAGACUUCUCCUGGUAGAGGGUCUUGGCCCGGGCCGGCUGGGAACGGUAACCACGCGAACUUGCAUCCAGAGUUCAGCAAGUCUGAACAACAGCUGACUUUGGCACCUCGUCAAACCUCUGUGUCUACCCUCAACCUGAGCAGUUCGCAAUACUUGGCUACAGAAAUGAGCCAGUAUCCUAGAAAAGGCAGCGCUGACUCACAGUUCACGCAAUCCAGUGCCAACUAUAGCAAUUCUCAGUUCGACACAUCUGGCUCACAUACGAGUAUCGCCAGUAACCGCCUUCCACCUUCCCGAAGCGAAGACACUUUAGUACUUCAAAACGAGAAUGGGGAAGCGAAACCCAGACCGCACAGUAUUAACACGAGUGUAUCGACAACAUCAAGCCCUCUAUUGACAGUGAAAGGUUUCUACCCUGGAAGCUUGAUAAGUGUUAGAAGUCCGAAAGGUAACGUGUCAGAAUCCGCCCAAAGUCUGUCGAGUGAUUCGGAGAGCCAAAGCUGCCCGAUCACGUCAACGUCAGUUCCUCUGAAACUCCGUCCGCAAGUGAAGCACCACAGGGCUCCGUGCAACGUCAUUGCCUCCAAGAGCAUGACAAACGUGAAGACUUCCGAUGUGGAGUACACUGACACCGGUCAAGAACAGUUCCUGAAAACAUCGUCUGUGAAACGUCAACCUUUACUAGAGACCCACGAAGAUACGGAAUAUAGUAAUAAGGUUCCCAAGACUGACCAGAAAAGUGAUGGCGAGGAUGGUGUCAAGGCUUCAGAGCAACGGCCGCCUGAGCAAGCUGGGAUACUUCAGGUGUUCGCAGCGUAUGAGACCGGUCUAGCAGCUGGAACAUCGCUCAAACUGCACGUGACCCCGCGUACCUCCGCCCGAGAGGUCAUCGACCUCGUCGUCAAGCAGCUCAACAUGGCCGCCGUCCUCAAAGGGAAAUCUGGUCCCGUAUACGGACCGGAGAAACUACAAGAUUUCUGUCUAGUAGCCGUUAUUGGGGCGAGGGAAAGAUGUCUCAGGGAUGAUUUUAGACCACUCCAGCUGCAAAAUCCGUGGAGAAAAGGUCGUUUAUACGUCAGACUCAAACAUGACGUGCUGGCGGCGCUACAGCACUCCGCCAAGCAACCAGCGUACAUUUGAAGCGUCAAGUUUACCGAAAAACAGGGUCGAGUUUGGGUUAGAGUGGCCAUCGGUAUCAGCCGUUACUUUUAACUCAAUAGAGCACGAAUUUUGGAAUCGGGAAAAAACGACUGGUUUCAAAAUGGCGGGGCAAUAUUUGCGUUGAACUUUUUAACCGAGGUUUUAGCAGCUUGUACAAAGGUACUUAAUUGUUUUUUGUUUGUCAAUAGGAAAGGUCUCAACUUAUUUUUAUAAAGGCUAUGAAAAUAUGUUAGCAUACUAGAGCCAUCUAAUUUAAUUAUAGAAUAAAAAUAGAUUUUCUUCAUAAUAUAGAUGGAGAUUGGUAUCGUGAUUUAAAAUAGAAGAAGGCUCUAUGGUAAUAAUUUUAUUUUGGUGCCAAUUCUUAUUUUAUGCUUUAAAUAGAUAAUUAAAAGUUGUGAGUAAAUAUAGAGAAUAUCUAAAAGGAAUUUAUGGUGCUUUCCACACUGUAAAUUAUGUGGCAUACCUACAUUUAAAAAUGUCAGGGUUAGCCAUAUUUUAAACUAAACAGAUGGAGUUUAACCAUUGUUACAUUGACAUAGCGCUGUUCAUAAUAGUUAGCUUUUCCUGUCUAAUUAAAUCUAAUUCUUCUCGUAUACUUAUAGAUAUAACAAAUCUAUACUAGCUUAAGAGUUUAAAAAAUGUAUUUUGCAUAAUGAAGGAAGGGAAAAGCAACUUAAAGUUUAUAUUGGAAACAAAAUGACUUGUCUACAUCUAUUCCAUUAUUUUUCUAAUCAUUCAAAGUCCUUACCGAGCAACGUUUUUAAAGUGCCUGUUUGAUUUCCAGGACUUGUGAAUCCAUAUCUGAAAGGAAAACAGGGUUUUCUAUAUAUAUUUUUUAUCAAAUCGUCACCAGCAGUUCAUCUCGAAAUAUAUAUUUUUAUAUAUCAGAAAAGAAAUAAGAGGUUGCUCUGCUAAUUAUGGUAAAAUUCAUCAUUAUAAUAAUGAAAGAUCAUUGUUGGAUAGGUUAGCUUGGCCAAUUUCGCCAAUAUUUUCAAGCUAGGUAUAAAGUAACAUUAUGUUUUAUGCAAGGUUUAGGAACUUAGAGAAAAAUCAGAAAUAUAUAAUGAUGUCUAAGUUUAAUAGAAGGAUUGAAACCACCGCUUAUCAUAGCAGAGUGUUAAUAAUAUAUAGGUAACCGUCUCAAGGCGGAUCUUCGAAUAUGUGUAGUCAAACUCAUUACCGUUAACGCAUAAAAUUAAACAUCCCAGAAUCUUUUCUCUUUUUGCAAAUAUCCGUUAGAACGACAUGGGCACGUAAGUUCUAACUAGAUAUUUGCAAAAAGGCAAACUUAAAAGUUUCUGCGAUAUUUUUGCGUUCACGUUAAUUAGUAUAUUGAUCACAGGUGUUCGAAAAUAAUAUAAAUAAUAUUUUCCCUUCAAAUGUAAUAAUCAGUGUAAAGAAAGUCGAUAGAUCUCUAACGAACGAAGUAUUUUUUAUUAUUCUAUAGUAAUUUAACCUAAUAUUUUGUUAAACGCUGAAAUGGGUGUAAGAUUUAGAAAUAGAUUUACUAAACUAUUGGAGUAAAUACUCAGAAAAUAUGAAUUAAAAAAAUACUUACCUUAAAUUCCAAUCAUGUACAGUAUGUAGCAACUAGUAUGUAUCUAAUGUGUACAAAUGUGUGAGAGUAUUAUUUAAAAAAAAACACCUUAUAAAAGAAAUGUUAUAAAAAUAUUUUACAUACCUACCAGUGAUUCGAGCCAUAUGUUAAUAGAAAGAUAAUAUAAAAUUGCAACUGUAUUAAAGCCUAACUAAAUGUCUUAUGAUUAUCAAAUAAUAGAGUUCUAUUGUAAUAAUUUUAUUGUAUUCAUUAUAUUCACCCUAUCCGUGGUGUUGUAUAUUAGAAGUUAGAAAGAGUGGGAUUAUGAAAUGAUGCACAAAAUAAAUGUAUUUCAAUUUCUGAACGUUUGUGA